AUGGACGACGAUGGCAGCUCCGAUUUACAGAAAUGUUUAUCGGAAAAUCAAAUGGAUCGCGAUGAAGUCCCGCUGAUAAAUGAAAAUUCCAAUGGCCUGUCACAUCUAUUAACAGACGGAGAGUUCAGUAAUGUGGAUGCCGCUGUCGAUGAAUCGUCUAUCUCCAAUCAGGGUUUUCUGAAUGCGGUAGAACUCUCCGCUGGCAGUGUUGGCGAUUAUCUUGAAAACAAUGCCGAUGCAUAUAACACGGAUUCUUUUGAUGUAGGCGAUAUGGCCGUUAAUUUUCCUACUGAUUCUUUAGACGGCGAUUCCCGGCUUAGUGCAGGGUUUAAAUUAAAUGAAGACACAGAAAAUGAUUCCAAGAUUCAAAAUGACAGUGAAAUGUCUAAUGGCGAUUAUGCCUUACAUGAAAAUAUGGAGAGUAGUGAUGCAUUGGCCAAUAAUGAAGAAUCAAACUCAUCUGACAAGAAUAAUAUUGAUAGUAAUAAAAAUGUAGACAGCAAUGAUAUUCAAGGUGAUAAAAUGGAAGAAAUAGAUGAUGUAGGAAAUUCUGCCUUUGAAACUAAUGACAUAGCAGAUAAUGUCACUGAGACAAAUAAGACUUCUAAAGAGGUGGGUUGUGCAGGAGAAACUGAAGUAGUGUCAGAGGAUGAACUUCCUGCUGUGGAAAAGCCAAGUGUUAAGGAUGCAGAAAAUGUAUCUGAUGAUGAGUUACCGGGACCUAAGCCAGCUGAUUUACCUGCUGACACUGAGGUUGUAUCUGAGGAUGAAUUACCUUCCUCUAAGAAAGAAAGCAGUCGUAAACGUAAGCCUGAUGAAGAAUGUGACUAUGACCCAGAAUCCCCAACAUCUGAGAAAAAACAAGCUAUUGCUAAGAAUGGAGAGAGCAAACCGAUUCCUGCUGAGAAAAGAUCUUCUACAGAUGAAAAGCCAAAAAAGAAACCACUACCUGAACUGGAAAGAUACUGGAAAGUAGUCAAUGAUGAUCCCACAGAUUUCACUGGUUGGACAUAUUUACUGCAAUAUGUAGACCAAGAGAGCGAUGUGGAGGCAGCACGCGAAGCGUACGACGCGUUUUUGUCACACUAUCCAUAUUGCUAUGGCUACUGGAGGAAAUAUGCUGACUAUGAGAAACGUAAAGGAAGUAAAAAGAAGUGCCUCGAGGUAUUGGAAAGAGGGCUCAAAGCUAUUCCCUUAUCGGUGGAUCUGUGGAUACAUUAUCUCAAUCACAUUAAAUCGACUAGAACUGAAGAACACGCUUAUCUCCGAUCUCAGUAUGAACGAGCGAUAGAUUCCUGCGGCUUGGAGUUCAGGUCAGAUCGGUUAUGGGAAUCUUACAUUAAAUGGGAGGCAGAAAAUGGAUCAGCACUGAAUGUAACCAACAUUUACGAUCGUCUGCUCUCUACACCAACCCUUGGAUAUACCUCUCACUUUGACAAUUUCCAAGAGCACGUGAUGUCUGAGCCGGUGACGGGAGUGGUGUCGCGCGCAGAGUUAGUGCGCUUGCGCGGCGAAGUCAGGGAUGCGACCGGGCAGGUUCCACAGCUGGAUCUUCCGCCCGGCGAAGACGAGCCGGUUGACCAUGUUGCAUCAGACGAAGAAGGACAAGCGAUAAAGGAGCGUAUUAUCGCAGCUCGGCGUAAAGUGCACAAAACCACAGGGGAAGAGGUCGCCGCCAGAUGGAAUUUUGAGGAAGGGAUAAAACGACCAUACUUCCAUGUGAAACCAUUAGAGAGGUGUCAACUUAAAAAUUGGAAGGCGUACUUGGAGUGGGAAAAGCAACAUGGUUCCUUACAAAGAGCCCUCAUAUUACACGAACGAUGUCUUAUUGCUUGCGCUCUCUAUGAGGAGUUUUGGAUGCGAUUGAUAAAAUUCUUGGAAGAGAAAACGCCGAGUAACCCCGAGCUGGUUGCAAUAGAACGUGACGUCUUGGAGCGGGCUUGCUCGGUCCACCAUCUUGACAAACCCGAACUUCACUUGCACUGGGCACAUUUCGAGGAGGCUAAUGGCAACACUAGCAAAGCAGCGGAGAUACUUGAUCGUAUUGAGAAGACCUGCCCGCACUUAGUCCAAAUACAGUACAGGCGUGUGAAUUUAGAGCGUCGUCGCGGAGACAAUGAGAAAUGCAUUCAAUUAUACGAAGGAUACAUAUCGUCAGCCAAAAACAAGUCGAUAGCAUCGGCUCUAGCUAUAAAGUAUGCGCGCUUCCUCUUCCACGCGAAGAGCGACCCCGCCGCUGCCAGGAAAGUUCUGAACGAAGCCAUUGAAAAGGAUCCUUUGAACGCGAGAUUACAUAUGCAGAGACUAGAUCUUGCACUACACACACCCGACACUCCAUAUGAACAGUUAGAAGAGCUAGUCCGUUCAUAUGAAAAGCAAGACGGAGCGGAGGUGGAAGUGAGCGCUCGUAUGGCGUGGCGCUGGCGCGAGCUGGCCGAGGAGUUGGGCAGCGCUAGUUCCGCACGAGCAGCGUAUCAACACGCGCGAGCCCUCGACAAGCACCUGAGGAAGAGAGCUCGCAAGGAUAAACACGAUGCCACACCGCAACAACAAACUAUGGACCCUAAGAAAAAGGAAAACACUAUUAGCACCGCCAGUACGACGACUACGAGCAGUACCGCUUACUACGGCACGGGAACGGCCGGCGCGCAGUCAUACGAUCAGUCGUACGCGCAACCCUACCAACCGCCGUGGGGCUACCAACAACCGCCCGGACCGUACCAGCACCACACGCCGUGGCCCCAAUACCCCAAUUACUAUUAG